GGAUUUGGAUCAAACACAUGUGAACAUGGUCAUGAUGCUGCUGUCAUCUGUUCAGAUGUGUCUAUUCUUUUAACUGGAUCUGGAUCAACUCAAUGUUCUGGCAGAGUUGAAGUUUAUCACAAUAACAGCUGGGGAACAGUCUGUGAUGAUGGCUGGGACUUAAAUGAUGCUGAGGUGGUUUGCAGACAGAUAAACUGUGGAUCAGCACUGGAAGUUCCUCCAUCAGCUGACUUUGGUGCAGGAACUGGACAGAUCUGGCUUGACAAUGUGACCUGUUCAGGAAAUGAAAGUUCUCUAACUGAGUGUCAACACAGUGGGUUUGGAUCAAACAGAUGUGAGCAUAGUCAGAAUGCUGCUGUCAUCUGUUCAGGUGAGAAAACUGUUAGAUUUACAUGAUAUUGAAAGUUAGUCUGCUCUUUUGUGCCUUCCACUAAGUCCUUGUUAUAUCUGAUCAGAUUAGCUGGGUCUGGAUCUUCUCGAUGCGCUGGCAGAGUUGAAAUCUUUCACAAUAACAUCUGGGGAACAGUCUCUGAUUGGUACUGGAACUUGAAUGAUGCUGAGGUGGUUUGCAGACAGUUAAACUGUGGGUCGGCACUAGAAGCUACUCAAUCAUCUAAAUUUGGUGCAGGAACUGGACAGGUCUGGCUCACUGAUGUGACCUGUUCAGGAAAUGAAAGUUCUAUAACGGAAUGUCAACACACUGGAUGGGGAAACUACUACUACAUCAGCAAUUUCUACAACUAUUACUACAACUUCUACUACUACUACUACUAUGGACAUUCUUAUGACGUUGGUGUCAUCUGUUCAGGUGAGAUCAGAUUGGCUGGAUCUGGAUCAACUCGAUGUUCUGGCAGAGUUGAAGUUUAUCGUAAUAACAGCUGGGGCACAGUCUGUGAUGAUGGCUGGGACUUAAAUGAUGCUGAGGUGGUUUGCAGACAGAUAAACUGUGGGUCAGCACUGGAAGUUCCUCCAUCAGCUCACUUUGGUGCAGGAACUGGACAGAUUUGGCUUGACAAUGUGACCUGUUCAGGAAAUGAAAGUUCUCUAACUGAGUGUCAACACAGUGGAUUUGGAUCAAACAGAUGUGAACAUGGUCAGGAAGCUGCUGUCAUCUGUUCAGCUGGAUCUGGAUCAUCUCGAUGCUCUGGAAGAGUUGAAAUCUUGUACAAUAACAUCUGGGGAACAGUCUCUGAUUUUAACUGGGACUUAAAUAAUGCUGAGGUGGUUUGCAGGCAGAUAAACUGUGGGUCGGCACUACAAGCUCCUCGAUCAGCUUACUUUGGUCCAGGAACUGGACAGAUCUGGCUCAGUGGUGUGAGCUGUUCAGGAAAUGAAAGUUCUCUAACUGAGUGUCAACACUCUGAAUGGGGAAACUACUUCUACUACUAUAACAAC